ACAUCCAUGGAGAACAAUACAGAAGUGACUGAGUUCAUCCUCCUUGGACUAACCAAUGUCCCAGAACUGCAGGUCCCCCUCUUUAUAAUGUUCACCUUCAUCUACCUCAUCAGUGUGGUUGGAAACCUGGGGAUAAUAAUUUUGAUUCUCUUGGACUUUCGGCUCCAUACCCCUAUGUACUUUUUCCUUAGUAAUUUGUCUUUGGUUGACUUUUGUUCCUCUACAGCUGUCACUCCCAAGGUUAUGGCUGGGUUCCUUGUAGGAAACAAGGUCAUCUCCUACAAUGCAUGUGCUGCUCAGAUGUUCUUUUUUGCAGCCUUUGCCACUGUGGAAAAUUUCCUUUUGGCCUCAAUGGCUUAUGACCGCUAUGCAGCAGUGUGCAAACCCCUACAUUACACCACCACCAUUACAAAAGGUGUGUGUACAUUUCUUGCCAUAGGUUCCUAUGUCUAUAGUUUUCUGAAUGCCUCUGUCCACACUAGGGACACAUUCAGCCUCUCUUUCUGUAAGUCUAACCUGGUCCAUCACUUUUUCUGUGAUGUUCCAGCAGUCAUGGCCCUCUCUUGCUCUGACAAGCAUAUUAGUGAGCAGAUUCUUGUUUUUGUGGCAAGCUUCAACAUGUUUUCUGCUAUUCUGGUAAUCUUGAUUUCCUAUCUGUUCAUAUUUGUCACCAUCCUAAAGAUUCACUCAUCUUCUGGAUAUCAGAAGGCUUUGUCCACCUGUGCUUCUCACCUCACUGCUGUCUCCAUCUUCUAUGGGGCUGCCAUAUUCAUGUAUUUACAGCCCAGCUCCAGCCGCUCCAUGGACACAGACAAAAUUGCCUCUGUGUUCUACACAAUGGUCAUCCCCAUGCUGAACCCUCUGGUCUACAGCUUGAGAAACAAGGAGGUCAAAAAUGCAUUCAAGAAGGUUGUUGAGAAGGCAAGAUUGUCUCUAGACUUCACCUGA